AUGCUUACUUUUGCCGGACGCCCGAAAUCAACCGUGUUUGGUAGGCAUCGAACUGGUACCAGCACUUCUGACUUGGAACAGGUUGAGAGCCAAGGAGCAAGAUCGAGAUUGAAAAAGUUGUCGUUGAUGAUGCAUUCGUCGCGACCAGCCUACAGUCCUGCUUUGGACGUGUCACCCACGUCGUCGCCACAGUCGCUACCACCAGUCAAGGAAGGCAUCAAGCAAGACAAGCUCGAUACCGGUUGCCUGCCACCGUCAGCCAAAGCCGAAGCCGUUGCUGACAUAAAGGCCGGCGUGGCGGUUUCGGCACCCGCCAUCACGUUUUACCAACAGGGCUGUCCCCCAAGCGCCGAUGCUUCGCCGACGGAGCCGAGAAAGUCUAGUAUUUCCUUUCCCGAGGAACUGCCCAAGGCCGAUCAUUCAUCCGCCACGCCAACACCCGUCGAUGCAGUGUCGGAAAGUUCGUUUGGUCGCAAGUCUUCGGUAUCCUCCAUCUCGUUUCGAAGAUCGAGGAAUCCCUCGGUGGCUCCUAGCCGGCCCAAGCAGACGACCUCGGGAUCACGCAUUCGCGCCGCAUCUCCACCACCCCAGAGGUUUCAGUACCACGUUGGUUUCGACAAUGUACCGAGUGGCGAGGCUACCAAGAACAACACUCUCUCGUUCACGCUCAACGUCCGACACAAAGGCUACAAUGCCGGGCGAAGAUCGCGCUGCUUCAUGGUUGGAGUCGACGAGCACUCCUACUCUGACUAUGCUAUCCAGUGGUUGCUGGAUGAGCUGGUAGACGACGGCGACGAGAUUGUCUGCGUCCGAGUAAUCGAAAAGGACACUCGUUUCAACGACAAGCAAUAUCAGGAGGAUGCGCAGAAUGUCAUGCGCAAUAUUUUGUCCAAGAAUGGAGCCAAUCGAGCUAUCAGCUUCAUCCUCGAGUACACUGUUGGCAAGCUGCAUGCCACGUUUCAAAAACUGAUCCAAAUGUACCAGCCAGCAAUGCUCAUUGUGGGCACUAGAGGUCGCUCCUUGGGCGGCAUUCAAGGACUGGUCAAUUCUCGAAACUCCUUCUCCAAAUACUGCCUGCAGUAUUCGCCCAUUCCGGUCGUCGUCGUUCGACCGACGGAGAAACGGAUCAAAAAGAAGGUGAAGCGCGCCAACGAUGCGACUCGGCAGACGUACUUGACCAUGCUUGCACGCAACAAUGGCCUCCACGAAGCCGACAGCGAGACGAGCAGCUCGUACGAGCUCGAGACGCAAAACUCACCAGACGAGGAGGCUCAUCAGGUGGCCAAAGUUCUGGGGCUGCCUGCGGCUUUUGACCCCACCAUCAAACCAUUACGAGACAGCCUGCGUCCCCAGUCGCCCACGCCCAGUCCUAGUCUCGCCGUCAUCGACACGCCCGAGCAGAAUGAACAUCAUCGGUCACCGGGAAGUCCCGGGGGUGAUACAGAAGAAGACGAGGAGGAAGAGGAGGAGGAGGAAUUCGACGUCAUGGACGGGAGACUUGCUCUAAACCAGCAACAGAAACUGGAACAACUUCACAAGAUGGAAGUCGGAGAAGCCGCGGCACUUAAGAAGGGCGUGGAUGAUGACGAGGAAGAAUCGGAUGAGGCCCAUGAAUCAAAAGAGGCGCCAUAG